GGUGUUAUGGGGAAAACAUAUCAAACUUAAGCCUGACCUACAGGAACGCCUGAAUUGUUAAAAAAACAAGACAUAACGGUUUUGACAUAAAGUACAAGACCAAAGAUAAACAUUUAUAAUGGGUCCAAAAAAGAAUUCGAAGAUGAGUCUUACUGCCUUCUUGGGCGACGAGCAAUUCGGCUCUACUAGCUGGGCUGACGAUGUCGAUGAUUUGCCUUCGUUGCCCCAAGAACGUCCUAGCUUCCGUAGUAACUACUCUGCAGCAGAAGCUCCUUCUCCCGCUUACGAGACCGCUGGCCGUCCUAUGGCUGGUGAAGGUCGUCGUGACGCUGGUUUUGAACGUGAAGCCGUCCCCAUUCCCUCAGAGCCUCCUUUCACUGCCUACAUUGGUAACUUGAGCUUUGACUUAACGGAAGCCGAUAUUGCCGACUUCUUUGGUGAAGGUGUUACUAGCGUCCGUCUUGUCACCGACCCCAUGACUGAGCGCUCUCGUGGUUUCGGUUACGUGGAGUUUGAGAGUGCUGAUCUCUUGAGCUCUGCUAUGGUUUUGUCCGGUGAGAGUCUCAUGGGACGUGCUAUUCGUAUUACUGUUGCCGAGCCUCGCCGUGCUGCACCUCGUGAUGACCGCGACUGGGUUCGCCGUGGACCUCUCCCCCCUGCCGAGCGUAGAGACAGUGGUUCCCGUGACGGCUUCAUGAAGCGUCGCACUGUACGUGAUCCUGCUCUUGAGCCUCGUGAAUCUCCCCGUGAAGAGCGUGAGUGGAUUCGUCGUGGUCCUCUUCCAUCUCGUGAAACCAACAGUCGUCCUCGCCUCAACUUAAAGCCUCGCUCCGCUACUAACGUACAAUCUGAGACUUCUUCAUCGACCUCUACUCCCUCAAGCAAGCCCAAGGCUGAUCCUUUUGGCGGUGCCAAACCCGUAGAUAACACUCCUAUUCUUAAGCGUGUUGAAGAAAAGCUUGCCACCAAGCGUACUCAAGUCACCCGUAAAGACAGCACGACUUCUUCCAAUAACGAGGCUCAAAGUGAAAAGAAGGAGGAUAAUGCCGUUGAGCCUGUUACAGAAAAACUCUCGGAAGUAAAGGUUGCUGACCAAAACGAGGUACCCGAGAACACUCAAGCCGAAGCACCAAAAGAUGUGGAAGCUGCUCCCGUUGCCGAAGGAGAAGAUGAAGGUUGGACAAAAAUAGGAAAGGGUCGUAAGUUUUAGACAAGCCGUUUUUUUGGUUCCUUUUUGAUAUAAUAUUGGAAGUAAUGAUGAUAACUUGUUUCUGGUUUCUCAAAUAAAAUACAAGUGUUUUAUUUAUAUUUUCAGCAUUUGCUUAGCGUAGCAUGUAUCUUUUAGAGUCUUUUGAUCGA